GCGCGUAUCGUCUUCCGUCUAUCAGCUCGAAAGUGCUCUCCGCCUCGGGUGUGUGGGAUAUGUGCUUCUCCGCUCUAUUAUCCCGUAAAAAUCUGAUUCUGUCUUCUCGGGAGCUGUUAUAGUGAGUGGCCGUGCUGGACGUGCCAUUUAUUUCCCCUCCGCUCACAGCCUAAAGUUGGGACUUAAGACUUUUUUUUUUUUCAGCACCACUUUUUCCGUGGACAGCGCUCAGCGAUGAUUCUGGGGGGAUCGACGCAGCCUCGACAUGCGUGUGGAUUCCUGUUGGAUACUAUUCAGAAACAAUCUUUAGGUGUUAAUUAAUUUUAAAACAAAGCAAAGCCAGGAAACCCUCCCUUCCCAUUGUGACAGACCCAACAAGAUGCGAUUUUGCUUUGGAUAUGGGUCACUUCUUAUGAAAGGAUUCUUCGUGGGCAGGAGACAGGGGAAUUCACUCUGAAGCCUGUGGACCUAAGCAGGCCUGAGGGCUCUGACAUAUACCAAAUCCCUGCCCAGGGGAACAGGGGAGAUUAAAAACUUCUGAUUGAGGUGGAGAGGAAAGAGACACAGAGAGAGAGUGGGGGGAGAGACGGAGAGAAAAAAGCUUAUCGUUCACCUUUGUUCUUCCUAAUGCCCCAAGUGAAGGAUCUCCAUAGGCAAGUCUGUGAAUAACAACAGACUCAGGAGCAGCUGCCCACCACUGUGGUCAGAUGCUGGAGUGAGGGAGUGAAAGAGAAGCGAACAGGAUUACAUCCUGUGAAAUAGCCAAGCUCAUAUUCUACAUUAAUUGAAUGCCUGGGAGAGAGCAGAGACAUGAGAGGAAGCCUUUUCUGUGCCAACUGCUUCAAGAGGUAUUGCAAUUAACCCUCUGGCCAUCAUAAAAUAAUACCUGGCUUCUGUUGUUUUCUGAUUGCCGGGUUUGGCUGUACAGCGUGGACGUGUGCUCAGGCCGCGGUCAUGUUUCAACCUCCAGCGUUUAGACCGGAUCGGACCGGCUGUCAACGAAACAGCCUGAUUCUGCCUCUGCUGCUGCUGCUUCUCUACAGCUCCCUGAAGGCCGCUCAGGCUGCCAAACCCAAAGGGCCAGGACACACGCAUUUGAACUCCAUCCGCAUUGACGGCGAUAUCUCCUUAGGUGGGCUCUUCCCAGUACACGCCAGGGGCCACGAUGGCAAGCCAUGUGGGGAGCUGAAGAAGGAGAAGGGUAUACACAGACUGGAGGCCAUGCUCUUCGCCCUUGACCGCAUCAAUAAUGACAAUAAUUUGUUGCCUAACAUCACUCUGGGGGCGCGCAUCCUGGACACCUGUUCCAGGGACACUCACGCCUUGGAGCAGUCGCUCACCUUCGUGCAGGCUCUGAUCGAGAAGGACGGGACAGAUGUCAAAUGUCUCGGCGGGGGGGCGCCAAUCAUCACUAAACCUGAGAGGGUGGUGGGCGUCAUUGGAGCCUCCUCCAGCUCUGUCUCCAUCAUGGUGGCCAACAUACUGCGCCUGUUCAAGAUACCCCAGGUGAGCUACGCCUCCACAGCUCCAGAGCUGAGUGACAACACCCGCUACGACUUCUUCUCACGCGUGGUGCCUCCAGACACCUAUCAGGCCCAGGCCAUGGUGGACAUUGUAAAGGCCAUGCGCUGGAACUACGUUUCCACAGUGGCCUCAGAGGGAAACUACGGAGAGAGCGGCGUCGAUGCUUUCAUUCAGAAGUCUCGGGAGGACGGGUGGGAAUCACCAGAGGCCCCACAACCCAAUAUUAUCACGAUACGAGGUGUGUGCAUCUCCCAGUCCGUCAAGAUUCCCCGGGAGCCCAAACAGGGAGAAUUUGACAAGGUCAUCCGGCGUCUCAGAGAAAACCCAAAUGCGAGAGUUGUCAUACUUUUUGCCAACGAAGAUGAUAUCAGGCGGCUACUUCAUGCGGCUAAAAAGGCCAACCAGACGGGUCAUUUCAUCUGGGUGGGUUCGGACAGCUGGGGCUCAAAGAUCUCUCCGGUGGUGCACCAGGAGGAGAUGGCAGAGGGAGCAGUCACCAUCCUGCCCAAGCGGCAGUCCAUCAAAGGGUUUGAUCGUUACUUCAUCAGCCGAACGCUGGAAAACAACAGAAGGAAUAUCUGGUUUGCUGAGUUCUGGGAGAACAACUUCAACUGCAAGCUCAGCCGUCACGCCGUGAAGAAAGGGUCCGGGCUGAAAAAGUGCACAAAUCAGGAGCGGAUAGGAAAGGACUCCAACUACGAACAGGAAGGAAAGGUGCAGUUUGUGAUCGAUGCGGUCUACGCUAUGGCUCAUGCUCUGCACAACAUGCAUCAGGAGCUCUGCCCGGGGAAGGUGGGCCUCUGCGCCAAAAUGGAUCCCAUCAAUGGCACUCAUCUGCUCAAGCACAUCCGCCGUCUGAACUUUGCAGGCAUCGCUGGAAACCCAGUGCUCUUCAAUGAGAACGGAGACGCUCCUGGACGCUACGAGAUCUACCAGUACCAGAUCCGAAACCGAACAGCCGAGUACAAAAUAAUUGGCCACUGGACGGAUCAGCUCCAUCUCAACGUUCGCACGAUGCAGUGGCCCGGCGGAGUCCGUCAGAUCCCUUCCUCAAUCUGCAGUCAUCCCUGUCAGCCCGGUGAGCGCAAGAAGAUUGUCAAAGGCAUCCCUUGCUGUUGGCACUGCGAGCGCUGCGAUGGCUAUCAGUACCAGGCAGACACCUACACGUGUAAGAUGUGUCGCUUUGAUUUGCGGCCCAAUGUGAAUCACACGGGCUGCGUUCCAAUCCCCAUUGUUAAGCUGGAGUGGAGCUCUCCGUGGGCAGUCAUCCCUGUGCUCAUUGCAGUCGUUGGCAUCAUGGCCACUUUGUUUGUAGUGGUCACAUUUAUUCGCUACAACGACACUCCCAUUGUGAAAGCAUCCGGCCGAGAACUAAGCUAUGUGCUGCUAACUGGCAUCUUCCUCUGUUACGCCACAACGUUCCUGAUGAUUUCUCCGCCUGAUGUAGGAAUUUGCUCCCUCCGAAGGAUCUUCUUGGGUCUGGGCAUGAGUAUUAGUUAUGCCGCCCUGCUCACAAAAACCAAUCGUAUUUACCGCAUCUUUGAGCAGGGCAGCAUGUCCAUCAGUGCACCCAGGUUCAUUUCUCCAGCCUCCCAGCUGGUCAUCACGUUCACCCUGGCCUCAGUGCAGCUGCUCGGAGUGUGCAUCUGGUUUGGCGUGGAUCCCUCCAAGGCCAUUAUUGACUAUGAGGACCAGAGGACGUCGAACCCGGUGAUGGCUCGUGGUGUGCUCAAGUGUGACAUCUCUGACCUGUCUCUCAUCUGCCUGCUGGGCUACAGCAUGCUGCUCAUGGUCACCUGUACAGUCUACGCCAUUAAAACCAGAGGGGUGCCGGAGACCUUCAACGAGGCCAAACCCAUUGGUUUUACCAUGUACACCACCUGCAUUAUUUGGCUAGCAUUCAUCCCAAUCUUCUUUGGCACGUCACAGUCCACAGAGAAGAUGUACAUCCAAACAACCACGUUGACCAUCUCCGUGAGCCUGAGCGCCUCAGUGUCCCUCGGGUUGCUCUACAUGCCGAAGGUCUAUGUGGUUCUCUUCCACCCGGAGCAGAAUGUGCCCAAGCGCACACGCAGCCUCAAGGCUGUGGUUACCGCCGCCACCAUGUCCAACAAGUUCAACCCCAAGGCCGGACUCAGACCCAACGGAGAAGCUAAGACUGAGCUGUGCGAAAGCCUCGAAACACAAACUUUUUCAACAAAGCAAACCUACAUCAGCUACAGCAACCAUGCAAUCUAAGGGACAAAUCUUCUUAUCGUAAUUCAGGAUUUUCCACCUUGACGGAGAAAAACAUGCAGUGGAGUUUCACACAGCUGGCAUAAAAAAUGGAUGUGUCAUUGUACGGGUGGAGAUCACAGAAAUGUUGCCCAAAGACGUGACGUGGCGAGGAGAGACCACGGGAAUGGACAAAACAGGGGACCAGAACAGAUAACAGUACAAUUGCAAGGUUCCAUCUUCUGUCUGCCUCACAAGAAUACACAUUAAAAAAAAGAAAAGAAAAAUGAAAAAUACUUGCAUGGCAGAGGCCUGGAGACUGAUGGAUGGAGCUUUCUUUUUGAGUGUUUACAUUUCAGCUAUGCCCCCUUUCAAAGACUUCUCCUUCAUCUUGAGCAGUGCUGACUGAAACUGAACUAAAUCAAGAAUAUGUUCAGGUGUUCUCAAUGUCGUCUGCCAGUUUUAAAAAACUGUAAUUAAUCUUAAAAACCCUCAAGGCAUCACAAGGGAUUAAUCAACACCAAAAAGGCAUGAAAACAUGGUCCAUGGAUUUCUAAAGGGGGAGGGUAGGGUUGUGUUUGUUUUUAUUUCUAAAUGUAAUCCAGUCUCAUGAGUCAAAUGACUGGAAAUGGCGAUCAUCUCAGCAACGCAACAAAUCUGUACCAGACUCCAUGUAAUUUUUUUUCCCCCUCUUCCAGGUUUCCACUGAGUCAGUGAUAAGGACUACACAUAUAAGAUGGUCUCUGCCGAUUUUGAGCAUGCCAGUUUCAACAUCCUGUGUUGUGUCGUUAAAAAAAAAAAAAAGAAGAAAAAGAAAAAAUAGUAUCUUUGGAAUGCGUUUAAAACUCUGUUGCAGCGUUGUUAACAAUUGUUUGGGCCCGAGCCUAUUGUACGUUAAAAACUGUUCUCAAAUGGUGAAGGUCUAGUGAGUGAUUAUUUAUCUGUGCUUAAGUGAGGCCAUGAUUUGUAUUACCAGCUAGCCCAAGGCUGCCACUGCCCUCCGCAUACCUGUAUGUGCUUUGAAACGAUGGCUCGUGGUUAAAACAAACAGUAUUUUAUCCAGGAGAUGUUACCGUAAGCUGUCAUCCAGGAUGACCCUCCCAUCACUGCCACCAGCUAUUCUCUUGGUCACACGUAGUGUAAGGGUAAAGCUUAGCUGUACAGAUCCAUUAGGAGGGGAAUUAAGAUGAAGUAUGCCCUUGAGAGGAUUGUGCAAUAUGACCUGAAGGUGAUAUCCAUAAUGGACCAGCUACUGGGAAAAUUCAUUACUAUACAUGUCCUCCUCAGGCACUCUCAUGAUAAGGAGGAGGUGUCGGGAAGUUGUAAGGCUUUCCAACAAAUGAAAAUCUAAUUGCAAAAGUAUACAUUAUCUCUAUCAAUCACCCUGAGCUCGCUGAACAGAUUAAUAGUUGGCUUCAUACUGUAAAAGCCCUCUAAUGUCUUGGGGAAAAACAUCGUGGGGUCAUUUGUGUUGUGAAUUCAAUGCUGCUCUUCAUGCCUCCCUCUGUAUUACUUUCAACACCAUUUGUGUUGCAGAAUAAAAUGUGAGUGCUGACCAAAUUAAAUGGCAAGUUAAUGUAUGUUAUUAAAUAGAUUGAUGAUGUCUGCUUUAUGUCCUGACAUAUCCUAAAAUUGGGGAAAAUGUACAAAAAGAUACAGUGCCUGGCUAUCUGACUAUGUAUUUGUAAAACCUCAUGAAAACUAAUGAAGUGUGUGAAGCAUGUUUAGUUUUUUUUAUACAAAAUUUUAUUUCUAUUAAAAAUGUUUUCAAACUUCA